GUACACAUAGACACAUAGUUGUUGCAGCUUAACAUCAUUAUAGCCUUGUAGCUUUAUGCAAAUUCAUUCCAACAGCUUUCUUUCUUUACUUCAAUAAUCCCAACUUUUCCUUGAAGAAUUGACACUCAAGUUUCUUUAAUUUGUUUUGAGGGUAGAAUGGAGACACAGAAUGGUAGCAGCAAGUCAAAGAUAGAUGAUUAUCAAGUGGUAGAGCAAAUUGGAAGAGGAGCUUUUGGAACAGCAUUUCUUGUUCUUCAUACUACUGAGAAGAAGAAAUAUGUUCUGAAGAAGAUACCUUUAGCAAAGCAGACAGACAAGUUCAAACGUACUGCACAUCAAGAGAUGGAUCUGAUAUCUAAGUUAAGCCAUCCAUAUAUCGUGGAGUACAAGGAUGCUUGGGUCGACAAGGGGAACUGGAUAUGCAUCGUAACCAACUAUUGUGAAGGUGGAGAUAUGGCAAAGAUCAUAAGGAAGUUUAGAGGAGCUCUCUUCCCAGAAGAGAAACUCUGCAAAUGGUUGACUCAGCUAUUACUGGUGGUAAAUUAUCUGCACUCCAACCGUGUUCUACACAGAGACGUGAAGUUAUCUAACAUUUUUGUCACAAAGGACAAUGACAUCCGGCUAGGUGAUUUUGGAUUCGCAAAACUUUUAGAUGGAGAAGGCCUUGCUUCCUCGGCUGUUCGUACUCCAAACUAUAUGUGUCCUGAGCUCCUUGCUGAUAUACCAUAUGGCUACAAAUCUGACAUAUGGUCUCUUGGAUGCUGCAUGUUUGAGAUUGCUGCGCACCAAGCACCAUUUAGAGCUACAGACAUGACAGGACUUAUCAAUAAAAUAAAGAGAGGUUCUUUAUCACCACUUCCAAUUAUAUAUUCCUCCAACUUGAAACAGAUUAUUAAAAGCAUGCUAAGGAAAUGCCCUGAACACAGACCAACAACUGCGGAGUUGUUAAGGCAUCAACAUUUGCAGCCAUACCUCCUUCGCUGCCGCAACCCUUCAUCUGCUUUUCUUCCAGUGAAGUCUCCAAAUAGCCCAAAGGAAAAAACAAAGCAAUCACCUAGAAAAUCUGGCAGUCCUAGAUUCAUAAGAGACAGACCUCUAAGGCUAAGAGAGAAGAGUCCUGUUUUUCACUUUGAUGAAAGUGACAAACCUCUUGGGCUUAAAGAGAAGGGUCCUGUUUUUUACUUUGAUGAAAGGGACAACAUUCGGCCACGAAAUUUAUCAGACAACUAUGACACAUUUAAAGCCAAACUCGAGAAUAAGAGAGUUGAUCCCACUAGCUACUCAGCAAAGAUAUUUGUAGAUGGUGUGGAUUCUAAAUGUUGGGAUGCUUGUGAGCUAGCUAUUUGCAAUGGAGGCGAUCAAUCCAACCCUCUUUUGCAAGAAGGAAAUACAAAUACACCAAACUCGUCAAGAUUCAUGGCAAAUACUCACUCUGAAGAGCAAGAGAAAGUUUCUGUUGAGCUUGUUCAACAAUCUGAAGAAGGUGAAGGGGAGAAUGACAAAACAAAAGACCUUGAGGCGUUGAGCACUCCAAGUGGCAGUGGAGAAGCAGACUUGAAUGAACUAGAUUGUAUCUCUGCAAAGCCUAGCAGAAUGAUUUCGUCUAGAGGAAGCUCCACUGAGAAAACACAGUCUUAUGAUGAAGAAAGCACUUCAUCAACUACACGACCUGCAAAAUCUGAUACUGAUGCUGAACUAAGGUGUCAUGCAUCUGAAAGUGAAAAUGUUGGCGAGUUUAAAGAAGUUGUUGUUGACUGCAUAGAUUCUGAAAGAAAUGGGUCAAGCCCACUUAAAGAUGAGAUAGAAAAGAAUGCAAAUAUGGUUGAACAUGCUAAACGUCAAGCACUAGAUGAUAGGGUUUCACUGCUUAAGGCACUAGCUGCCUUAGCUGGUGAUGGGCACAAAAAUGACUGGGAAAGUCCGACUCAUGAAAGAGCUGAAGCUCUGGAAUCCCUUUUAGAGGUUUGUGCACGACUACUCAAGCAGGAAAAAAUUGAUGAGCUUGCUGGUGUGCUGAAACCAUUUGGCGAUGAUGCAGUUUCAUCCAGAGAAACGGCAAUAUGGUUGACUAAAAGCCUCAUGAGUGCACAAAAAUUGGCCAAGGGAUCGUGAUUUUGUGAUGGCAGUUUUCCCUUUACUGGAAAACUACUGUACAGAGUGAUUUGUGUGGGUCAACAUAGAUGAUUACUUGACUGUUGUUUGAUUACCUUCUAAAUGAUUUGAUUUAUGGGAACGCUUACUUUGAAAGUAGCUUCUCCAGUGUGAGUGUGAACUAAGUUAUUGUUGGAGGCUUGAUGGAUUGAGGUUUCCUUAGUUUCAGUGUAUAAUUGUAGGACAUCAGAUGGAAUUGUGAAGAUCUUUAAUUACUCCUAUUUAGUUUGCUAUUGUUUUCUAUUUAGUUUUUUGUAUUAUGAUUAUAUUACUACAAGUGUGCUCCUUCUGAAGCUACAACUCCUGGAAAUUACUUCA